GUCACGUGUGUACACACUGCGGCGCUCGAGCUGCUCCAGCAGUAGUAAACUCUGAGCCGUCCCCCUUUUCAGAACAACACUCGUCCGAAAAGUUGAUAAAUGAAGCCCGUCGCCGUGGAACGUCAAUAAAACCGCUUCAUUCCGCCGUUUUUACGCUUCCUGAGCGCAACAGAGCCGAAAAGGGAGAUUUCAAGAACGGUUUUUGUGACCCAAUGCAACGACUGAGAAAUGCCAGUGGAAAUGCUAACGUUACAUCCAAACCUAAUGCCUCCAUAGGUUUGUCAGUGUGCCAAAUCUAUGCGUUUCUGUCCACCUGUUGAGUGUUUGACCUGCGUUGGAGCCUAGCGAUGUGGAGCUGCAUGGUUUACAAUGAGACGGACACCAGCAUGGACCACCAGCUCUGCCAGGACUUUGGCCUCAUCCUGUCUGUCUUCUCAAUCAUCUACCUCAUGGUGUGCUUCCCCGUGGGGUUGUGCUACAAUGCUCUGCUGGUCGUGGUUAAUCUUUCCAAUAAAGUGUCCAUGACGAUGCCCGAUGUUUAUUUCAUCAACAUGGCCAUUGCCGGCCUUGUGCUGAACCUGGUGGCACCCGUGGAGCUGCUGGGCUCGAGCUUCACCCGCUGGCCCCUGUGGGAGUACAACAAUGAGGUCUACAUCACCCUGCUCAUCCUUUUCAACAUCUCCUCCCUGGUCAUCAUGUAUUCCACCACCCUGCUCAGUCUGGACUACUACAUAGAGCGGGCGUUGCCUCGCACAUACAUGUCCAGUGUGUAUAACACCAAACAUGUGUGUGGCUUCAUCUGGGGUGGAGCAGUGCUCACUAGCUUCUCCUCGCUGCUCUUCUACGUGUGUAAUCACAUCUCUACUAAAAUAAUUGAGUGUUCCAAGAUGCAGAACAAGGAGGCAGCAGACGCCAUCAUGAUGUUCAUCGGUUACGUGGUUCCAGCUGUGGCUGUCCUUUAUGCAUUUGUGCUCAUUUUACGGAUUAGGAAAGAGUCCACACCUCUGGAUCAGGACUCUGCUCGUUUGGACCCUUGUAUCCACAGACUGCUGCUAGCUUCAGUCUGUUUACAGUUUGUACUGUGGACCCCAUAUUACAUGACCUUGUUAGUGCACACCGUAGCCGGCAUACCAGGGAACCAUAGCAACAGGCAUCGCUUUACUACCUAUUACUUCUUGAGAUGUUUGUCUGAACUUCUGGCAUUCUUGAGCAGUUUUGCAAUGCCUCUCAUGUACAGACAGAUGAACAAGAACUUCUCUAGCAAACUUCAGCGGCUGCUCAAGAGGCUUCCCUGCAGAGACCAGUCGUGCUCUCACGAACACUCAGCAGUGCAGCAAGUGGUGACGUGAGGUCAUCCACGCACCUCGCAGUCUCUCCAUCUCCACCUUUUUUGCGUCCUUGAUCUCCACCCAUUGACAGAGCCAGUAUCUUAAGUGGAGACACUCGCUGCUCUGGACUCUGUUAAGAACGACGUAGCUAACUGUGGAAUUUCCUGUCACCUUCCAAAACUUGAUCUGACUUAUCCAGCUCUGUAGUGAGAGGAC